AUCUGUUUGUAUUUGGAUAAAUAAACCGGUAUUUUUUCUAACCGGAAGUCACCUGUCAGAUGUCACAUGAACUGUAAACAGAAGAAGAUCAAGAGAUGAGCUCAGCUUCUACGCACAUCUGCGUAGAAGUUUAUCACAGAAAAUGGGAAAUAAAAUAACAACAUUCAGCGAGGAACAGCUGGAAGCUUAUCAGGAUUGUACAUUUUUCACAAGAAAAGAGAUUCUAAGAAUUUUCCGACGUUUCCAGGGACUUUACCCUGAACAUGUACCUCUUGACAUGAAAAGAGGCCAGACUUCAUUCAUCAAGAUUCCUCUACAUGAACUUGAAAAAAUGCCAGAACUGAAGGAGAAUCCUUUUAGACAGCGACUGUGUCAGGUGUUUUCUGAGGAUGGAUCUGGAGAUAUGUCAUUUGAUGAUUUUCUUGAUAUGUUUUCUGUGUUGUCUGAGGCUGCACCUAGAGACAUCAAAACUGUGUAUGCCUUCAAGAUGUAUGACUUUGAUGGUGACCACUUUAUCAACAAAAAUGAUCUUGAAAAGACUUUAGUCACAAGACUAGGAGAAAAGCUUUGAGGAGAAAAGGUGUUAGAAGAAACUGACUUGGAUGAUGAUGGCAUGCUGUCAUACAUUGAAUUUGAACAAGUCAUAUCCCGUUCCCCAGAUUUCCUCAAUACAUUCCACAUCAGGAUAUGAAAACUGUAUGAAGUUUCCUAAAUGAUGCCAUGCCUUAAAGAUCUAAACACAUACUAGAAUGACAGUGUGUGUAUGUCUUUCCAGGAAUACGUACAUUUGUUUUAAGGAUUGCUUGAGAUUUAAAGAAUAAUUGAGGGAGCGCCUAGUUAUUCUAGGAAUUGUUAGCUAAAAAUUCUUGUUAUUAGUCGUCAAUUUAUUCCUUCUUUUUAUAUAUCUCUGCCCUUUCUGCUCUAUGUAAGAUAUUACAUAGGUAAAUAACUGAUGUAAAAUUACCCUCUGUGAAGUGUUUUUCUCACUGCUCCAAUGUGAUACUCCUUGUGAAAAAAAAUUAUCAUUGAUGUUUACCUGUUACUGUUAACACCCAGGCAUAUCUUUUAACACAAUUUGGCUGUAAAAGACAGACAAUUCAAUAUAUGUAUGGUAGUGAAACAACACAAAUUAUGUUGUGAGUAAAUAUAGGAUCUUGCAUAAGUUUCCUCGUUUUUCCAAUAUUUGUGAUGAGUUUCAUUAAUACCAUAUGAAAUGGAAACAACUGGAUCUUUUUUAUCACUCAUUGAAUGUACUGACAAAUAUGGACAUUACCAAGUCAAAUUUGAAGUCAUUUAGACUCUUUAUCUGAAGUCUCCAUCAUGACGUCAUAAUGCAAUCUGUAAGUGUGUGACAUCAUUUCAUUAUCUGAGCAUGACGUCACAGUAGCUUACAUAAUACAUGUGUAUACAAUACACAAAAAUAUUGCAUGGGUAAAAAAAUGAAUAACAAAGCCACUCUGUGAUGAAAUAAAGUAUAUUUUUUUAAUGGUACAAGAAGAGACUUAAUGGAAUUCUGAACAGUUGCAACAAAAUAUUUUUGUAAUCCUUUCAAUUUACCUAAUUCACCUCCUUUCAUAAGGACAUGCCUGCAGCCAGAUUAUCAAUGUUAAAGCUGAUGUUGUAACUGGUUGCUAAGGUACAAAGGCCACCAGAUCUCAUAGGACAUAUGAUACAUGUAAUUAUGAUAUUGUAUAUUUUUGUGUGCCAAUCUACAAAUUUUUAAUACCCAUGUGUUGUUGAUUUAUAGGGCUGUUCUUAACAGGAGAAUAUUUAUACUAUUACUAUAUAUGGCAAAAUUUAUGCAUAAAUGUGAACAAAUAUCAUUUCCAGUUCAUGUCUCAAUUUUUUUGCUCACUUUUAUUAUCUUUUGUCUUACCAAUGACGAUAACAAUACGCACAAAAAACCCCCUCCUUCCCCCAGCAAAAAAAAAUAACUAAUUUUUAAAUAACAAAAAUAAUUGUUUCAUUUUUCCAACCUGAUCAAGCAUAUGAUAUGAUGUCAAAAGUACAAAAUCAUAUUCAUUAUCAAUAAUGAUGUUUCUGCUUUGUUUUUGUCCCCAGAUCUUGUUUGAAUUUAUCAUUGGUAAGGUGUAACUAAAGAUAUAGAGUCUCUGUGGUAUUAUCAAACAGUGUCAGAAAAAAAGUUUUCUUCAGAUCUAAAACAGUUGUUUUGGUCAAGUUUGUGUUCAAAAUGUACAUGUGUUUGAAGUUGUAUGUGAAAGACAAUUUGUUUACAAAGUGCGAUUAAUGACUUUAUGUUGUUUAUUUUUACUUAAAAUGCAAUAUUUGAUUUUCAUUGUCCUGAUUGAUACAUUUCAUGUGUAAUCAUUUGUCUUUUUUGAUCAAAUACUCA